ACAGGGAUCGGUCGGAAAGCGGCUGCUUUUGUUGCUACCGAAUUUGUUCUUUUACUCUCUCCGACACGAGAGAGAGAUUAAAGUACAGGACAGUAGAAUCGUCCCAUGGAGGAGAAGGGGAGCGAAGCUGAGGUUUACGCGGUGGAGACAGACAAGAGCGAGAAAGUAGAACCGGAGAAGGAGCUGUGUAAUGACGGAUUGAGUCAACUCAGAGACGAAGAAUCAUUUGGAGUUACCGAUGCGGAUAAAGAAGAUUUACAUGAUGAGUCUGUGCGAGAUACCCUAGCUAAGGAUCAAGUUGAAGGUGCUCGAGAAAAUUCGGCUGUGGAACCAAAUGGUGAAGAUGUAAAAGAGGCGAAGGAGAAAGAUAGCGGCAAGGAAAAUGUUGUAAGUGCGAUUAUGCCGGUUGAUAAAGUUUCAGCUGAAAAUCGCGAGGUAGAAACAUCUCCUGGCCUGGCUGUAUCGCCAGAUCCAUCAAUGGUGGAUCCUUCAUCUGCACAAGGUGAUGCACAAGGCCUAUCGCUUGUUUCAGUUCCAACUAAACAAGAGCAAAAACCUGAUUCCUGCGUGGUUAACAACUUGUUGGUUUCUCCGGUUCUGAGGACACCGGCUCCUGAUGGCUACAAUUGGAGAAAAUAUGGACAAAAGCAGGUUAAAAGUCCCAAGGGCUCCCGGAGCUACUACAGGUGCACGUAUUCUGAUUGUUGUGCUAAGAAAAUUGAAUGCUCCAAUGAUUCAGGAAAUGUGAUAGAGAUUGUUAACAAAGGUUUGCAUAGCCAUGAACCUCCACGGAAGAGUAGCUUCUCCCUGAGAGAGAUUAGAGCUGCAUCAGCUAUCACUCCUGUUUCAGAGGAUAAUAAAGUAGUAAGAGAAACAGCAAGUGUCCCUAGCGGUUCAGAUCCGUCCGUUUCAAGUAAAGAAAACAUCUGUCAAACAAUCAUUGAACGGAAGAGACAUUUUGAGAACGAAGCUGUGGAGGAACCAGAGCCAAAACGAAGACUGAAAAAGGAUAACUCACAAAGUUCAGAUUUUGUCUCCAAACCUGGAAAGAAACAUAAAGUCGUAGUACACGCAGCUGGUGAUGUUGGGAUCUCUGGUGAUGGAUACAGAUGGCGUAAAUACGGGCAGAAAAUGGUGAAAGGGAAUUCUAAUCCGAGGAACUACUACCGAUGUACAUCUGCGGGUUGUCCUGUCCGUAAACACAUUGAGACAGCAGUAGAGAACAAAACAGCUGUCAUAAUCACAUACAAAGAAGUACACAACCACGACAUGCCGGUGCCAAAGAAACGCCAUGGUCCUCCUAGCUCAAUGCUUGUGGCUGCAGCGGCUCCUACAUCAAUGAGAACCAGGUCAGAUGAUCAGGUGAACAUUCCCACUUCAAGCCAGUGCUCGGUAGGGCGAGAAAAUGAGAAGCAGAGCAGUGAAGCAUUGGAUGUUGGUGGCGAGAAAGUGAUGGAAUCGGCUCGGACUUUGUUGAGCAUUGGAUUCGAAAUAAAGCAGUGCUGAUUGUAUGUAUUUUUAAGUUAGAGUCUAUUAACUCAGUUUUUGCCUUCUUGUUUUUGUUAUAUAAUAAAUAAAUAAAAAACCA